CCUCUGUCAUAUGACUUGGCUAAAUUUUGUAAACAUGGCGCUGAGGUUUGGACAGGCGGUCACUCCCUGGUUAGUUUUCCAGGUGUUGUGUUUGCUGUGCUGGUCGGUGCGGGCUGAGAUCCGCACCGCCGUCAUUAACAAACAAACCGGGCAGCUGUCCGUCCUCGAGGGAUAUCAGGACGACUUUGUCGCCUGGGCCAACUUUACUGACGACAUUAAAAACUCGGGUUGGUCCUUCUUGGAGGUCACGACCAGCAGGCAGUACAAUGACAGCAUCCAGGCUUAUGCUGCUGGGGCGGUGGAGGCUGCAGUCACAUCACAGCUCCUCUAUCAGCACUGGAUGAACACUCUGGUGAAUUACUGUGGGCCCUACGCAUUUGAGACUGGUUACUGCCAGCGCCUGAAGGCUUACAUCACCACCAAUCUGCAGUGGAUUCAGGCACAAAUAGAGGAGCAGCCAGAUUCACCUUACUGGCACCAGGUGCGUCUGGCUCUGCUGCAGCUGAAGGGUCUGGAGGACAGUUUUUAUGACCAGCUGUCAUUUCCAAAAGGGCCAUUCUCCAUUAACCCGUUUGGCUUCCUACUUUUCCAAAUGGGUGGGGAUCUUGAGGACUUGGAGUCUGCUCUGAACAAAUCCAGUCAAACGCGACCUCUAGGAUCAGGCUCCUGCUCUGCCCUCAUUAAGUUGUUACCAAACAAUAAGGAACUGCUGGUGUCACAUGACACGUGGAACACAUACCAAUCCAUGCUGCGCAUCAUGAAGAAAUACAACUUUGCCUUCAGAGUGUCUCCUAUAGACAACGAUCCGCUUCCCGGAGGAACCCAGGCAUUCUCUUCUUACCCUGGAUCUAUUUUCUCUGGAGAUGACUUCUACAUCCUAAGCAGCGGCCUGGUUACCUUGGAAACCACCAUUGGCAAUAGCAAUCCUGCCCUCUGGAAGUUUGUCCAACCCACGGGAGCAGUCAUGGAGUGGCUGAGGAAUAUUGUGGCCAAUCGACUGGCUGCUACCGGCAACGAGUGGGCCGAGAUCUUCAGCAAGUACAACAGCGGAACAUAUAACAAUCAGUGGAUGAUUGUGGACUAUAACCACUUCACUCCAGGGAAGACUGAUAUUGAUGAGAAGCUCUUCACUGUGCUAGAGCAGAUUCCGGGACUCAUUAUGUACACCGACAAAACGCGUGAAUUGCUGGAGAAAGGGUACUGGGCGAGUUACAACAUCCCGUACUAUGUGGACAUAUUUAAUGCCAGUGGCUGCAAUGAGCUUGUUGAGAAGUUUGGCUCCUGGUUCUCUCUGGACCAGAAUCCCAGGGCUCAGAUCUUCAGACGAAACCAGACAGCUGUGAAAGAUUUGGACUCAAUGGUCAGGCUCAUGAGGUACAAUAACUUUAAGGAAGACCCUCUGUCGCGCUGUGAUGGCUGUGAUCCACCUGCUAACGGGGAGAAUGCCAUCUCAGCCCGGUCAGACCUGAACCCACCUAACGGUACAUACCCAUUCGGUGCCCUGAGACAGAGAUCUCACGGAGGAACAGACAUGAAGAUGACUUCCUUUGGGAUGUACCGUGAGUUUGGCAUGCUGGCAGUGAGUGGGCCAACCUGGGACCAAGUGCCGCCCUUCCAGUGGAGCACCUCCCCUUACAAGGACCUGCUGCACAUGGGACACCCUGAUACCUGGGCGUUCAAGCCUAUAAAAGUCACAUGGUCCCCUUAACCACUCUCAUACACACCGAUACACAGAUUGCAACUCAAAAUGUACAUAUGAGCAACUGUGCUGAUCAUGUUUGUCAAAAGGGAAAUGCUGCCUUAAAUCCAGUGUGACAUGACAGCCACUGGAAGUUAUCCAUUCUGAGGAUAAUGGCCAUAAAUUCUUGUAAUCAAAGUAUUACACUAUUUUCAUGGUGAAAACAGAGAGGAUCAAAGAGAGCUGUGAAUAUAAGGUAACGUUGCCUGAUGUGGUUAAGAACCCUUGCUGCUAAAGUAGGAGCUUUUAAAUUGGAUCUAUAUUUGAUUUUUAGCUGUUUUUAUUGAUUGUUUUCAUUUCUCAUUUUAAAGGUGUAAGAAGUUUCAGUUCUAAAUGCCUUUAAACAACCUUGUUUUAAAGUUUUAAAUUGUUUCCAAAUGACUAAAUGUCUACUUUUAUAAAUCGGAGCAUACUGUUGUUGCUUCUGUGGAAAAUUAUCUGUCACAGUCAAAGCAAAUCCUUGUGAUGAUGAGGUCAAAUGUAUAGCUGUAAGUAUUUCUGAAGUGAUGCACUAUCAAUUUGCUACUUCUUGAAAUAUUCUCUGAAUAAACUGUCUUUUGUCUUGUU